AUCUCCUGCCCAAAAACCCUUUCAUCUUUCCUCGCCAAAACUGUGUCACCCGCUAGUGACCUACCAUCUUCGUCUCUCCAAAACAGCCCCUUCUCCAAUCCAAAGCCAAAACCCUUAUCUGCAAACCCUCUAGAAUGCAAAUCUCAACGUAGAACCCAUCGCUCUCAUCACCAAGAACCCGUCAAUGGAUUCACCAACUCAACCCCAGAACCCUCUCCACCACCACCCCCUCAAGGCCGCCCACCAAUUCUUCUGCUCCACUGCCUCCAAUCUCCUCUCCCUCCUCCCCUCCAAAACGACGCCGUUUUCUCCUAAACCAGCUCCGGUUUGCUUCCCAAACCCAUCGAAGAUCUGCGUCCCCCUCUUUUUUGCUUCCCCUGCCCCUCAACUUCCAUCCUCCGAGUCAGCUCAGUCUAACUCGGCGUCCGCGACGAAGGGAGAGUCGCCGGAGUCGGGCUCAGCGUUCCCGAAGGAUGUGAGAAUCGGCGGCCUGAACACUUCCGGGAAAGGUGGAGGGCCAGCGUUUGUGGGGCAGGUUUUCAGUAUGUGUGAUGUUUCUGGGAAUGGUAUCAUGGCAGUUUCGAAUCAUUUCGAUAUACCUUUCAUUUCGAAAAGGAUGCCUCAGCGGAUUAAGAAGAUGUUUGCAACAAUCACUAAGAGUGAUAAGAAUGGCCCUGUAUUUCGGUUUUUCAUGGAUCUAGGUGAUGCAGUUCGGUAUGUUAAAAAGCUGAACAUUCCAAGUGGUGGCGUGGGUGCAUGUCGUCUUGAUUUAGCUUAUGGGCAUUUCAUGGAAAAACCUCACUUAUUCCGGUUUGUUCCAAAUGAGAAACAGGUCAAGGCAGCCAACAAACUUCUUAAGAAAAUCCCACGAAAUGGUGGAAGGAAAAGGAUAGAUGGUGUUCCUGUUUUCACUGCCCAAAACUUAGACAUAGCAAUAGCAACAACAGAUGGGAUUAAGUGGUAUACUCCAUACUUCUUUGAUAAACAUACGCUGGACAGUAUUCUUGAACAAUCCAUCGAUCAUCAUUUCCAUCAUCUAAUUCAAAGUCGGCAUGUACAACGCCGGCGGGACGUAAUCGAUGACAACUUGGCAGCGGAAGUGGUUGAAGACAAUGCUGAGAGCCUAUGGGAGCCACCAGAGGUUCAAGAAGUGCUUGAUGAGGUGGGCCAUCCUGGAAUACCUUUGAGUGUCAUAUCAAAGGCUGCUGAAAUGCAGCUUCUGUAUGCUGUUGACAGAGUGCUGCUGGGGAACCGGUGGUUACGAAAAGCCACUGGCAUUCAACCAAAAUUUCCUUACAUGGUGGAUUCGUUUGAGAAAAGGAGUGCAGCUUCCUUUCGUAGAGCAUCUGCGUCAAAGAGAUUUGUUGCCAGCCCUGAAAUGGGAAAUGACAAUAAAGAUACUGAAGAGCUUGGCCCUUCUGACCCCAAAUUAGAAGAUAACACUCAAAGAGACCAAGGACAAAAUUCCGCAUCCUGGUUCCCCAUUUGGGAUUUGUUUAACCAUCCAUGGUCGAACAAAAGGCAGGAACCCCAAAACAGAUCAAACGCAAGAAUUGAAGAAUCAUCCAGGGAACACAUAAAGCAAGAAUUACAGCUCGCCCCGUUUCUUCCAAAGAUUACGAUGGUUGGCAUCUCUGCAGGGGAGUCUGGGAUGAGCAAGGUCAAUUUAAAGAAGACCAUGGAGGAUCUAACAAAAGAGUUGGAGCAGGCAGAUCAGGAAAAUGCAGUUGGUUGCAUUAACAGUGAAUUUGAAGUCGAAAAUAGGGACCCGUUGUUUGUAGCAAAUGUGGGUAGUUACGGCACAGGCUUGGUAGCAAGAAGUCCCGUUCCAUCGGUUCGUGGGGAAAACAAUUGAAGAGUCUGAUUAGCAAUAAGUUUCUCUUUAGCCGAGGGUUAAUGAUGUGAAUUCAUGUACGAUCCCAAAAUAAAAAGGAAAAAAAAAUUGUAAAUUUUCUUUGUAAUUUUCACUUUUAACAUGGCUUAUUUGCUUCAUUUGUUGCCUGUUGGUAGUCUAGUUUUAGGCUGACUGGGGAUGUCUUACCAAAAUAUUGUAAAGGGUGUUUGUUUGAUGGUUGGUAGAUUUUAUGAUUUUCAAAGGUUAGAUACUUGUGAGUUGUAACAGAAUGACUAAAAUUUAGUGGCAUUCUCGGUAACAUUAGGCUGCAUCACGUAUGGCUCGUU